GUAAAUAAAUUCCGAGGAGAAAACGGAUUCGGAGUUCUUCCCUUCUAGCUUGGAAUCCUGUUCUCUAUAAACGAGAAAUUUUCCCUCCAGCUGAUGUACCGGCGGGAAGGGAUUUUGUGGCAGCUUCGGCAGGUGUUGAUCGUCUGUUCGAAUCGCGUUUGCCGAAUUCGCGAUACCGCAAUUGAAUCAAAUUCCACUUUGUUCUUUGUGGAGCUGGAUAACUCUUACGGCAGGUGAUUUAGAGAGGAUUUUGUUGUGUUUCAGUAGCAAUGAAGGCUAUGGCGACCGUGCAGGAUCUGAUCGAGGAGGCUAAACUUCGAACGGUUUGGUGGGCUCUGUGUGUUUUCGUGAUUUCGUACUUUUUGACCCAUACAAGUAAGUCAAUGUGGAUGAAUUUACCCAUAGCAGUUCUACUAGUUUCUGCUCUACGUAUUCUAUUCAACGAGAUUGAGUUCCGUAGAAAGGUGCGACCUAUUCAGCAACAAACGUACUUAUCUCAUCUGGAGAAGAAGCAGUUGUCUGUAAAUGACUCGCGGCUUUCUUCAGCUCUUCCUCCACCAAGGUGGAAAAGGAAAAUCCACUCUCCUAUUGUGGAGGCUGCAAUGAAGGAUUUCAUAGAUAAACUACUGAAGGACUUUGUGGUUGAUUUAUGGUAUUCAGAAAUAACCCCAGACAAAGAGUUUCCCGAUCAGAUACAUGCGCUAAUCAUGGACGCACUAGGUGAAAUAGCAGUUAGGGUGAAAGACAUAAACCUUGUUGACUUGCUCACAAGGGAUGUUGUUGAUUUGGUAGGUGAUCACUUGGACCUUUUCAGAAGAAACCAAGCUGCCAUUGGCGUUGAUGUUAUGGGAACACUAUCUUCCGAGGAGAGAGACGAAAGGUUGAAACACCAUCUUAUGGCUUCUAAGGAGCUUCAUCCUGCAUUGGUGUCUCCUGAGAGUGAGUACAAGGUCCUUCAAAGGCUCAUGAGUGGAGUGUUGACUUCAGUACUAAGACCAAGAGAAACUCAAUGUCCUGUUGUCAGAUCUAUUGCUCGAGAACUUUUAACAUGCUUGGUGGUGCAACCUCUUAUGAAUUUUGCAAGUCCUGGGUACAUAAACGAGUUGAUCGAAUGUAUUGUCCUUGCCACUAAAGCUGAGAGUGACAAAGAUUCUUCAGAUCAUUACAAAGAUUCUUCUACUGCUGUGUUAAUACACGUCGAAGAUUUGAACAAAAGGAAAUGCUCAUCUUUAAAUCCAGGGAAUGAUUCAGAGCUUGCUAAAAUUGACAGUCAACAAGAGAGAACCUCAGAUUACAUGUUCCAGGAAGAGCCUUUGCAACUGAAACAUGCUGAUUGGGCCCGUGUGUUGAAUGCAGCAACCCAGAGGAGAACUGAAGUUCUUAUGCCUGAAAAUCUUGAAAACAUGUGGACUAAAGGACGAAACUACAAAAAGAAAGAAAAUAAGAUCAUUAAAGUAGGAGAUUUUGAACCUAUGCCUACGACAAAGGAUUCUGGAAUAAGUAGCAUGCAACCUGCAAAAGUAACAAGGGAUGAAAUGUUGAGUGACAAGCAUCGGGCUUCUAUUGGGCCAGAAGAAAAGGUGAUAGUAAGGAAAACAUCCGAAAGACAUUUUGAUGUCCCUUUGACCUCCGAACCAGGUGACAAAAAUAAAGUCAGUUUUCAGUUAUCUCAGGAUCUUCCAAAGGAUUCAUCUACCGAUGGGAAGCUUUCUAUUAAUGAAUUAAAGAAUGUUGGUACACUUACAGCUAGUGCAACUAAAAAACAGCUCAAGAGAUCCAAUAGUACUUCUGCUUUGACAAUUGCAGUUGGUGCAGGAAAGACUUCUACAGUAGAAGGUGGAAGAUCUAUUAUAUCAGAUUUCUAUGGCCCCAAUUUUGGCAAGCAUAGUGAAGAGCACCUUGCUAAGAGUGCCUCGGAUAUGGUGGUCCAAAAAGAAGGGCUGCUUGUUCCCAAACUUAGGAGUCGGGUAAUGGGUGCAUACUUUGAGAAAAUCGGUUCAAAAUCUUUUGCCGUGUAUUCAAUAGCUGUUACAGAUGCAAAUAACAAAACUUGGUUUGUCAAGAGAAGAUAUCGAAAUUUUGAGCGGUUACAUCGGCAUCUUAAAGAUAUUCCUAACUAUACACUGCACCUGCCUCCCAAACGAAUAUUUUCAUCAAGCACAGAGGAUGCUUUUGUUCACCAACGUUGCAUUCAACUUGACAAAUAUUUGCAGGAGCUAUUAUCAAUUGCAAAUGUUGCCGAGCAGCAUGAAGUAUGGGAUUUUUUAAGUGUUUCCUCAAAGAACUAUUCUUUUGGAAAAUCUCCCUCAGUGAUGAGAACACUAGCAGUCAAUGUGGAUGAUGCUGUGGAUGAUAUUGUACGCCAGUUUAAAGGGGUCUCAGAUGGUUUCAUGCGCAAAGUUGUUGGUUCAACUUCACCCUCUGAUGAAGCCUGUGCCUCAUCAAACUAUGACCGGAAAUUGUCUUUUAAUUCAAAUGAGUUACGCAAACACGUUUCUGCACAGUAUAAUUUAGAAGAAGCUAAUAACAUGUCUGAUGAGGAAGGUGAGAGACUUGGAAGUGAAAACCAUGAAAAAGUUAGUGGAUGGCAUUCGGACACUGAAUUAAACUCCAAGAGUUUUCCUCCUCGUGUGAUCAAACGGGGUGAAGAGUCGGAUAACUUGGUUGUUGACAAGAAAAAUGAUCUAGAACUGAGGUCUGGAGCCAGUCAUGGAGGAUUUUCUCAAACUUCAUACCAUAUGGAUGAUCCAGAAGGAAUGCCACCAGAGUGGACUCCCCCAAAUGUUAGCGUACCUCUUCUAAAUCUGGUUGACAAGAUAUUUCAGCUCAACAGGAGAGGCUGGAUAAGGAGGCAGGUCCUUUGGAUAUCGAAACAAAUAUUACAGUUAAUAAUGGAAGAUGCCAUUGAUGAUUGGAUUGUUAGGCAAAUACACUGGCUACGGAGAGAGGACAUCAUUGCUCAGGGAAUUCGAUGGGUUCAAGAUGUUCUCUGGCCCAAUGGAACAUUCUUUAUACAAUUAAGGAAUGCUCAAAGUGAAGAUGAUGAUACUCAAUCUACUACUAGCCGAACUGAUGAAAGUAAGAUCCCCAAGCCUGGGUCUUUUGAGCUGCAGCUUGAGGCUGCUCGUAGAGCUAGUGAUGUCAAGAAAAUGCUUUUUGGUGGGGCUCCAACACCAUUGGUAAGCUUGAUAGGGAACAACCAAUACAAAAGAUGCGCAAAAGACAUUUAUUACUUCACUCAGCAGUCUUCCGUCUGUGUGAAGCAACUUGGGUAUGGACUACUGGAGCUAAUACUCGUAUCAGUUUUCCCUGAGCUGCGGAACUUAGUCCUCGAGAUUCAUGAUAAGUUGCCCAUCUCGCCCAUCUCAUAACCUCUUAUCCAGGUUAUGUCUGCUUCUCCUCCCAAUUCCGAGCUCAGAAUGUCAACAUUUUACUUACUUUAGCAUUCAGGUUCCCUCAGUUUUGAUGAUGUAGUAGUAGUAUUUAAGCGAUGAACAGAGUCAGGAAUUUUGUGGAUUGCUGAAAAUUCUUUUGUGAAUAGAAAUGGUUUUGCUCGUCUUUCUUCUUUCAACUGUAUAGAGUUUUAGCUUUAGGGUGUGUAUAGAAUUUAGUGGUACAGCAGGUGAUGGACAAUCUCCAUAUCUUGGCCAUUGUAAUUGAUCCAUUCUCCUCUUGUUCAUAAUGAUUCACCUUUUCUAUUGAUGAUUGAUAUUGAAAUUUAUUUAUUCAUUA